AUGUGCCCCACAUCACUGCGCUGGUUGGUGCUUAUAAGCGUAAUAGGAUGCGUUGAACUGAUCACAGUCAAGACUCCGCGCAAACAUGUCAGUGUGACAGUGGGUGGAAGCGUCCUACUCCCAUGUACAUUCGUGACUACCGUGGAGACCACCACAGGCCUUACCAUUCAGUGGGACUUUGAGUCAACGUCCUCCAGUGCGCCGCAGCAGGUGUAUUACUACCAAUCAGGAGAAGAGGUCAUUUCAAAGCCUUAUAAGGACAGGCUGCAGCCUACCUCUUCUCCCGGUACUACCAAAAACGCCUCAAUAAUAAUAAGCAACAUGCAGCCAUCGGAUGGUGGGGUCUACACUUGUCAGGUUCACAACAUUCCUGAUGUGGACGGACAGUCUGAGGCCAAUAUCAUUGUGACUGUUCUUGAGAGGCCCUCUGUUCCUUACUGCUCCGUCCACGGUGACGUGGAAUUGGGUCACCUGGUUACUCUGACCUGCCACAGUGAGCAUGGGAGCCCGAAGCCGACGUACACCUGGACCAGACUGGAUCAGGCUAAGACCAGGAGGCCUGUACUGGGAAGAGUAACCCCAACUGGAGUACUGAACAUCGGAAACAUAUCCCAGUUUCAGUUUGGGGAGUACCAGUGCAAUGCUACAAAUGCAGUGGGAUCUGCAUCUUGCACUGUGGAGCUGAGUGCUGAAGUGAGCGAUGGAGUGAUUGCUGGUGCAGUGAUCGGCGCGUUGCUCGGGUGUGUACUGAUCCUCCUGGUUGUGUGGUUCAUCGCUCACACUGUGAAGAAACACAAAUACAAAGAGGUCAAAGUAUCAGAGGCCAACGAGAUGAAGAGGAGCUCUCCUCAGGCCCAGGAAGCCUCAGAGAGUGUUCCCGUGGCAACCACAGCUGGCACCGUCCAUGCUGAGGCAGAAGAGCAACAAGCCUAA